UCAGCACCUAGUUGGACGCGCAGACUCAGUCGCGACGAGCUGGCUUCUCAGAGGGUGGGGGAGACAGGCCAGUGCCGGCGGCCAACCUCCGAGGGUAAAGGCGCAGAGCCCGCGAGACAGCGCCGCGUCCCAGCCUGUCUCCCAGUUCAUGAAACUGCCUGCAGCCCCGUUUGACACCCGCACCGCGCUGUCAGGCGGCCCUGCGCGCCAGUGUCUCCCCAGCCCGACGGCAGGGUGGGCUGCCCUCACAAGCCCAGAAAAGGAAGAACAUUCCAGCCGCCCGGAAUGCGGGGGGAACAGGCGGCCAGGCCGGGCGAGGUCAGCAGCUGUUGCCGGAACCCAAAAUGCAAGGCCUUGGCUCCGGGGAGACGCGUAUUCGUGCUGCGCCGCCACCACAUGACCCACCAGCCUCUUCCGGCUCGGGAAAAGAAUGUGGCCGGCGUGCGGGGCGCUCCGGGCUUGGGCCUUGCCCUUGGCGCGGCCGCUCGGGGCACGGGCCUGCGGUGGGGGCGGGGGCAUCUCCUACACUCAGGGCCAGAGCCCCGAGCCCCGCACACGCGAGUACUUUUACUACGUGGAUCAUCAGGGCCAGCUUUUCCUGGAUGACUCCAAAAUGAAGAACUUCAUCACCUGUUUCAAAGACCCGCAGUUCCUCGUCACCUUCUUCUCCCGUCUGAGACCCAACCGCAGCGGCCGCUACGAGGCCUCCUUCCCCUUCCUCUCUCUCUGCGGCAGAGAGCGCAACUUCCUGCGCUGCGAUGACCGGCCUGUGGUCUUCACGCAUCUGCUGGCUGCGGGCCCCGGGCCCCCGCGCCUCUCCUACUGCGGCGGCGGCGAGGCCCUGGCCGUGCCCUUCGAGCCGGCUCGCCUGCUGCCCCUGGCCGAC